UGAGGCGCUGAAUGCCAAAGUGGUAAAGUACUAUAUACAUAUAUGUAUAUAUAUGGAGUACGACAAGUGGAGUGGACAAACGAGCACCGUUAGAAGAUGGCAAUGGUGGUAAUGUUGGGACGACGAGAGCAGCUGGCGCUACUAUUAUUGGCUAUUUUUGCCUUUCAACAAUCGGAAGGAUUCUUCAAGAAGCUGAUCACCAUUGAGGACGAUGGCAUUAAUGAUGACAGCCAUGAACAUGUUAAUCUAAAAUUUCCAACAGUUAAGUUCCUUAAACCCUUCAAUCUCUUUGAUAAGAAGAAAGAAAAACUCGAAAAGAAGGGUGACGCUUUGGGUUCUUUAAUAGAAAAGAAGUUAGAGAAAUGGGAGGAGAAAAAAGAUAAAUUCGAUGAAAAGUUAAUGGGUUUCAUUGAUUUCUUUAAAGAAAAAGAGCAUGCAAAGUUGGAAAAGAAAGAUCCAGUUAAAGAUAAAAAACCGCCAGCGCCGGUAUCUCCGCCAGCACCAGCACCAGCGCCUGUUUACGGGCCACCGCCCGCAUAUGGCCCAGCCCCACAUCCUGCACCUGCACCAUACCAUCCACCUGCUCCACACCAUCCACCUGCUCCACACCAUCCACCUGCCCCACACCAUCCACCAGUAGCAUACCACGCACCUGCUCCAUACCACCCACCAGCUCCAGCUUAUGGACCGCAGCCUGCAGCGCCACCGUCAUAUAAAGCACCUGCGCCUAGCUAUGGACAUGCACCAGCGCCGUCAUACAAAGCGCCUGCACCCGCACCUGCUUACGGACCGCCACCAGCGCCGGCCUACCGAGCACCCGCUUAUGCACCAGCUUAUGGACCUCCACCCGCAUACGGUCACCACCGUCCAACACCUGCCCCUAGAUAUGGACAUUCGUCACAUUCCUAUUCCCACUACAAGCCAUCAAGACCAGCUCCUCCAGCGCCACAUCGUUACUAUGUAGAACACGACUGCAGCGAGGAACAAACGUACUCUUACAAGCCGAGUCGACCAGUCAGACCAAAGCCGAAGCCAAAGCCAGCAACACAUUAUGGCGAUUGUGAUUAUGAAGUGCGUUACUUCACAUAAAUUUAGUUAGAACACUUUUAAUGAAUUUUGAGAUAUUUUUGCCAAAAUUAAAUACUAUACUGAAAUACA